ACAUAUAUCAAAUUUGAAGUCCAAUUAAAACAAGGCUCGGAAUUUGCUUCGGAAAGACGUUCGGCUAGUCCGAGCCUAACAAUCUCCUUCUAUUUUCCCUCCCUAGUUGAAUCGCCCAGACAAAGAGAAAGCCAUACAUACACAUGAUAUACAUAAAUACUUGUAUAUAUUUGUAUCUAUAGAGAGAGAGAGAGAGAGAGAGAGAGAGAGAGAGAGAUCGGCGUUAGCGGUGAUGUCGGAGACGGAAGGUUUUCUGAUUCUGGAUUCGCGGAACGCCGCACCAACUCGAGCAAAGAAAGAAGGUAGGCCGGCCCCACAAAAUGCGGCGAGGAAGAAGCUUGCAGAUAUUAGCAACUUGCCGCAAAAUAAUAAAAGGCCGUUAAUUCAAGAGAAGUUGCAAUCUGUUGAGACAACUACCUACAUUGAACAACUGCAGAAGGAAAACAUGGCUUUGGUGAAGAUGUUGGCGCAAAGAAACAAAAUCAUCGAACAAGGUGGAGCUGAGUUAGACAGAUUGAGAUUGAUUCUGCGUAAAAUGCAGGAACAGAAUCAACAGCUCGCAUCGUCAAACAGCCAGAUGCUCGCGGAUCUGAAUUCCGGUAAAGAUCGGUUAAAAGUGUUGCAGCACGAGCUUGGCUGCACAAGUGGUCUGCUUAAAGCUAGAAAAUUCCAACUUGAGGAAAAUGCAAUAACUAAGCCAUCCAAAAAUGCUGAUGCUCAGUUUCCACUGGAAGGGGAGUCUUCGAAAGAAGUUCAAGAUGAUGAAAAACCUCAUAACACCAAAAUGGCUUCGCAAGUAGACAGUUUGGGCACUUGUGAGCAACUCCAAUCGAAGGAGAAGACUGAAAAUAGAAGCAGGCGUUUUACGAGGAGGCAAUCUGCUGUAUUUAAACCAGUACCUGCUGAGGAUUCGUUUCAGGCAGAUGACACUAUAGUUCCCCCAUGUCUUUUACAUGUUGAUCCUGUCCUAGAAAAAGAGUCGGCUGACGAGAGUACAAUAUUAAAAGACGAAGAUAAGAAAGACGAUUAUGUCCUCGAAAACGAAGCUGAAGAGUUUGAAAAACCAAACCUCGGCAGGCCAUCACGUGUAGCAGCCAAAAAAGUUCAGUCCUACAAAGAGAUUCCAUUAAACGUGAAAAUGCGUAGACCUGGGUGAGACAUUUGUGAGUCAGUACUAACUACCUUUAGAUAUUCUUACAGCGAUUGCAUCAAAUUCUCGUCUCCUUAAAUGUGCAUUCUGUCCUUUUUUUUUCUUUUUGAUGUUUUGUUCAUAUAUAUGUUCGUGAUCGAUAUGCAAAUAUUCACGGUUAAUGUACUGUAAAUGGUCUGAAAACGGAAACCGGCUUUUGUGAUAAUGUAAACACAUACUUGCGAAAGCUAUCCUUCGAUUUCAAGAACCUGAAUAGUUUGUGGUUAUACGAGCUUAGUUUGACUUU